GCACGCUGUGAGUCUGUGCCCAACCUUCUUCUCUGAAUAAAAUGCAGUCGAUCGACUGCGAAAGGGGCCUCUCGACGCCGGCGAACAUCGUCGACCUGUACACCGGCGACGACCCGCAUGGAAACCCGCGUGACUGGAGAUCGUACUACAAGCACGUGCUGCUGCUGGCGUACCAGAGCUGCGGCGUGGUGUACGGCGACCUGAGCACGUCGCCGCUGUACGUGUUCAAGAGCACCUUCGCGGGGCCGCUGCGGCGGUUCGAGGACGAGGAGACCAUCUUCGGCGUCUUCUCGCUCGUCUUCUGGACCAUCACGCUCAUCCCGCUCCUCAAGUACGUCUUCAUCGUCCUCAGCGCCGACGACAACGGCGAAGGGGGAACCUUCGCGCUCUACUCGCUGCUGGUCCGCCACGCCAAGUUCAGCCUCAUGCCCAACCAGCAGGCCGCCGACGAGGAGCUCUCUACCUACUACAACCCCGGCUACACGCCCCAGGAGGACACGCCUAUCCUCAGGGCGCUCAGGCACUUCCUCGAGAAGCAUGCCAAGUCCAGGACAUGCUUGCUCCUCAUGGUCCUCUUUGGUGCCUCCCUCGUCAUUGGCGACGGCGUCCUCACGCCGGCCAUGUCGGUGCUGUCCUCCUUCUCUGGUCUGCAAGUCCAUUUGCACGCUCUCACAAACGGUGAGGUGGUGAUCCUGUCGUGCAUCGUGCUGGUGGGCCUGUUCGCCCUGCAGCACUGCGGGACGCACCGCGUCGCCUUCCUCUUCGCGCCCGUCGUCAUCGUGUGGCUCCUCUUGCUGGGAGGGCUUGGCGUGUACAACAUUAUCGUGUGGAACCCCAGGGUUUUCUACGCGCUGUCUCCCAUGUACCUAAUCAGGUUCUUCCAGAGGACCGGUGUAGAUGGCUGGAUUUCACUUGGAGGCGUGCUCCUCUCUAUGACAGGAACAGAGGCUAUGUUUGCAGACCUCGGCCACUUCACAGCGACAUCCAUCAGGGUGGCCUUUGUGUGCUUGAUCUACCCGUGCCUGGUACUGCAAUACAUGGGGCAGGCCGCCUUCCUGUCCAAAACUCCCGGCUGCGACAUCCACUUCAUCUUCUUCCAGUCCAUACCCAGGCGGCUGUUCUGGCCGGUGCUGCUGAUCGCGACGCUGGCGGCGAUCGUGGGCAGCCAGGCGGUGAUCACGGCCACCUUCUCCAUCGUGCGUCAGUGCACGGCGCUGGGGUGCUUCCCGCGCGUGAAGAUCGUCCACACGUCGAGCCGCAUCCACGGGCAGAUCUACAGCCCGGAGAUCAACUGGAUCCUCAUGUUCAUCUGCCUGGCCGUCACCAUCGGGUUCCGUGACACGAUGCUGAUCGGGAACGCCUACGGCAUGGCGUGCGCCGGGGUGAUGGUGGUGACCACGCUGCUCAUGGCGCUGGUGAUCGUGUUCGUGUGGCAGCAAGGGUUCCUCAUGGCGACGCUGUUCCUGCUGGCGUUCGGCGUGGUGGAGGCGGCGUACCUGUCGGCGGCGGUGAUGAAGGUGCCGCAGGGCGGGUGGCUGCCGCUGGCGCUGUCGCUGGCGUUCGUGGCCAUCAUGUACGUGUGGCACUACGGCACGCGGCUCAAGCACAUGUUCGACGAGCAGAACAAGGUGUCCCUGCGGUGGAUCCACGCGCUGGGCCCCAGCCUGGGCAUCGUGCGUGUGCCCGGGAUCGGGCUCAUCUACAGCGAGCUGGCCACGGGGGUGCCGGCCGUGUUCUCGCACUUCGUCACCAACCUCCCGGCGUUCCACCAGGUGCUCGUCUUCGUCUGCGUCAAGGCCGUGCCGGUCCCGCACGUCCGCACCGAGGAGCGGCACCUCGUGGGACGCAUCGGGCCCAGGGACUACCGGAUGUACCGCUGCGUGGUCCGGUACGGGUACAAGGACGUGCUGGGAGACGACAGCGACUUCGAGAACGACCUCGUGCUACGCAUCGCCGAGUUCGUGCAGAUGGAGGCGGCGGAGGCCGACAGGGCGUCGAGAGCCGCGAGCGAGGGGGCCGGCGAGGGCCGGAUGGCCGUGGUGACGCGGGCCAGCGACCUGGCACGGACGGGGCUCCUUGUCAGGGAGCCAGCGGAGGCGGAGGACAGCGUCGUGGUGCGCGCGGCCACGGCGGCCACGGAGGAUGGCACGCUCCAGUCGCUGUACGAGUCCGAGUCCCCGGGGUUGGGCAACCGGCGCCGCGUCCGGUUCGAGAUCUCCGACGUGGUGGGCGACCAGAUGGACCCCAGGGUCAAGGAGGAGCUCAGCGCCAUCGUCGAGGCAAAGCACGCGGGCGUCGCCUACAUCAUGGGCCACUCCUACAUAAAGGCCAGGAAGAGCUCCAACUUCAUCAAGAAGUUCGCAAUCAACAUCGCUUACAACUUCCUCCGGAAGAACUGCAGGGGCCCCGCCGUCGCGCUCAACAUACCACACAUCAGCCUCAUCGAGGUCGGCAUGAUCUACUACGUCUAGUGCCGAUUCUUUUUCAUUUCUAGACCAUCUAGGUAGCUCUUGGCAUCAAUAAUCAACACAUCACAGUCAAGAACGUACAAGGCAGGAAUUCAUCACAAGAAAAGCCAGAUUAGAAUUU